AUGAACGGUAAUAGCAGCAACGUCGGCUAUUAUGUGUCCUAUUCAAGCACCAAUAGCAAUAGUGAAGCGUCAACGUGCAGUAACAUAACCAUAGUUCAAGUUUAUCAAUCAGCAGUUGAUAAUUUAACUAGCACUCCACCUUCAAUAAGUAUUGAAGCAGCUCUUGACGGUGGUUUUGGGUUGCUGUGGAAGACAAAUGAUACAUCCUGCAGCCAAUGUAUCCAAUCUGGUGGGCAAUGUGGGCAUGAUUCAAUUUCCAAUUUGUUUACAUGCUACUGCGCGGAUCAACCUUAUUCAUCGGUGUGUAAUGGGACUCAAAGCGGAACUGAUAAGAAAAAAACAAAAAUAUUGUUUGAGCUCGGAGUUCCUACAAAAUAUAAGGACACCAAGAAGGACCAUGAGUUGCAAGUAUUCAACUUCCAAAGCAUAGUGGUUGCUACAAACAAUUUUUCAGAUAAAAAUAAGCUUGGAGAGGGUGGUUUUGGACCUGUUUAUAAGGGAAACUUUCCUGAUGGACAAGUCGUGGCCAUAAAAAGGCUUUCAAGGAGUUCAGGACAAGGAUUAGUGGAGUUCAAGAAUGAGAUUUUACUCAUUGUCAAGCUCCAACACAAUAAUCUUGUUAGGCUUUUGGGAUGUUCCAUUGAAGGGGAUGAAAAGCUGCUAAUCUAUGAGUACAUGCCCAAGAAAAGCCUGGAUUCCUUCUUAUUCGGUUAG